AUGGACACCCACACCUUUGGUGGCAUUACCCGGGAGCUGGAGAUGGACACACACACCUUUGGUGGCAUUACCCGGGAGCUGGAGAUGGACACACACACCUUUGGUGGCAUUACCCGGGUGAUGGAGAUGGACACCCACACCUUUGGUGGCAUUACCCAGGAGCUGGAGAUGGACACACACACCUUUGGUGGCAUUACCCGGGAGCUGGAGAUGGACACCCACACCUUUGGUGGUAUUACAAGGGAGCUGGAGAUGGACACCCACACCUUUAGAGGCAUUACCCAGGUGCUGGAGAUGGACACCCACACCUUUGGUGGUAUUACAAGGGAGCUGGAGAUGGAUACCCACACCUUUGGAGGUAUUACCCGGGUGCUGGAGAUGGACACCCACACCUUUGGUGGCAUUACAAGGGAGCUGGAGAUGGAUACCCACACCUUCGGUGGUAUUACCCGGGUGCUGGAGAUGGACACACUCACCUUUGGUGGCAUUAUCCGGGAGCUGGAAAUGGACACCCACACCGUUGGUGGCAUUACAAGGGAGCUGGAGAUGGAUACCCACACCUUUGGUGGCAUUACCCGGGAGCUGGAGAUGGACACACACACCUUUGGUGGCAUUACCCAGGAGCUGGAGAUGGACACACACACCUUUGGUGGCAUUACCCGGGAGCUGGAGAUGGACACCCACACCUUUGGUGGUAUUACAAGGGAGCUGGAGAUGGACACCCACACCUUUAGAGGCAUUACCCAGGUGCUGGAGAUGGACACCCACACCUUUGGUGGUAUUACAAGGGAGCUGGAGAUGGAUACCCACACCUUUGGAGGUAUUACCCGGGUGCUGGAGAUGGACACCCACACCUUUGGUGGCAUUACAAGGGAGCUGGAGAUGGAUACCCACACCUUCGGUGGUAUUACCCGGGUGCUGGAGAUGGACACACUCACCUUUGGUGGCAUUAUCCGGGAGCUGGAAAUGGACACCCACACCGUUGGUGGCAUUACAAGGGAGCUGGAGAUGGAUACCCACACCUUUGGUGGCAUUACCCGGAUACUGGAGAUGGACACCCACACCUUUGGUGGCAUUACCCGGGUACUGGAGAUGGACACCCACACCUUUGGUGGCAUUACCCAGGAGCUGGAGAUGGACACCCACACCUUUGGUGGCAUUACCCGGGUACUGGAGAUGGACACCCACACCUUUGGUGGCAUUACCCGGGUGCUGGAGAUAGACACCCACACCAUUGGUGGCAUUACCCAGGAGCUGGAGAUGGACACCCACACCUUUGGUGGUAUUACCCGGGUGCUGGAGAUGGACACACACACCUUUGGAGGUAUUACCCGGGAGCUGGAGAUGGACACACACAUCUUUGGUGGCAUUACCCGGCCCCCUGAGGGCUUCUGCAGCGGGAUAACUGGUGAUCACCUUGGGGUCUUGUUUGCCUGUCAGUCCCUGUGGAAGGGCAAUGCCCCACAACGCAUCUUCCCACCCUGA